GUAGCUAGCUACGAAUUUGGCUCGACUUGUAGAUAAUACCAGCGAAAAAUAGUUUACUGUUGUCAUUCGAAUGCUGCACGAUGAGGCAUCGGUGAUUUUCAGGGGACCGACAUUUUCACCAUGGCGACACCGGGAACCAGCCUCUUCCCAACCAUGACAUCGGUGGGACUGGAGGAGGCGGGUUUAUCGCAGACCUUACCCAAGCUGGCCAAUGAGGGAGCCCUUCAGAAGAUGCUGGCGGAUGAGCGCAUGCGCUGUGAGACGCACAAGACCAACUACCAGACCUUGAAGGCGGAACACACUAAAAUUCAGGAUGAUUAUCGUCGGUUGCAGCGAGACCUUGAACAGACCAAGGAGGAAAGUGCAGCCAUGGAGGGCCGCUUCCAAUCGCUGAUGGCCCGAGCUAGUAAGGAACUAGCAGAGAAGAUCACAGAAUUGGAAGAAGUCAAAACGCAGGCAAUUACGCCAGAGAAGCUUGAAGUGAUGAAGGUUCAUAUAGCAGAGAGCCUGGAGGAACCCUUCAGGGAACGCUUCAACAAAGUGGAGGAAGAGUUGGAGCACUACCGCACUGAGUACAACAAGCUAAGAUAUGAACACUCCUUCCUGAAGUCUGAGUAUGAGCACGAGACGACCGAGCACAAACGCGUCGUUGAGGAGAUGAAACUACAGUAUGAGACUGAGAUUGAGAAUCUGCACAAGGACAAGGAAGCCAUAGUUGCCAAGUUCUCCCAGGAUAACAGCCACGAUGGCCAGCGAGUCCGCACUCUGCAACGCGAUAACGCUCAGCUCCACUUGAAAGUCAAGGGUCUUUUGACUGAAUUGGAAGAGAUCCGUGUCCAGCGAGAGCAGACAGGGUUGCAGUCCGACCACGUGUCGAGGUUACAGGCACGACAGCUGACAGAGCACGUAGCUACCAUCAAGGCAUUGGAGGCUGAGAAAGAAUCUUUAAAACUCCACAUCGAUCAGCUUGAGAGUGACAUGGCAUCUGCCAUGGACGGCCAGAGAGCCAUGUCCACCAAGGCACACGAUGCCGAGAAGCGCACCAUGGAGCUGAGAGGUCAGCUGGAGGAGGCAGAGCACCGACGGAAGAUGGAAGUAACUGAGCUGAAGAUGGAGAUGGUUAGGAGCAGAGGAGAGUUGGAGAGGGAGAGAGAUGUGAUGGCCAAUGAGCUAGAAGGUUGCCAAUCCAAUCUGGAGAUCUUGAAGAAAGCCUCAGAGAUGCAGGCUCAGGCUGUAGGUGAGAGAGAGAAGGAAGCAGGUCGCCGCAUCCAAGCCGCCAGGGAGGAAGAAUGGGAGAAGAUCAACAGACUAGAACAACACAACUUGGAGCUGGAGGCCAGACUCCAUGAGUUUGACAAGCUCAAGAUAGAAGAAGAAUCACAGAGGCACGCGGAGAGGGAAAAGUGGGAGGAGCAAGUGAAAUCAGCCAAUCAGAGGAGAGAUCAGACAGAGAAGGAUAUGCUUGCACUCAGGGCCAGGAUAGACCACCGCAACACCCUCGCCGAGGACCUAGAAAAGCAGCAGUCGCAGUGCAACGACCUGCAGCAGCAACUCCAGCAGACCACCAUGGAGCUGCACAGCCUGCAAGCCGCAGAGCAAGAACUGAGCACCGAGAAUGACCGCCUCAAGACCACCACCGGCAUGAUGAGGGACGAGGUGCGGGCAGCCCGGGCCGAGGCCGAGCGGACCGUGGAGGUCGCCCACGCCAAGCUAGAGCAACACAAGGUGGCCCUGGGAGACGAGAGACGACAGGCGGAGCGCAGGGUGGAGGAAUUGGAGACGGAGAUUAGGGCGGGGCACCAGAGGGCGGAGGAGGUGGCCAAGAUGCACAGGAAGAAAAAGAGGAAGUACCAGAAGGUAGUCGACCGUCUGAAUGAGAAAGUGCAAUUACUAGAAGCUAAGAAAGAAGAACUCAAACUAGAGAAGCAGGCACUCAGGAAUAAGAUUCCCAAGGAGACUUACGCCAAGGCUGUCCAGCGUCUGAGGGACCUGCAACGUCGUCAUACCGAGUUCAGGAGUCUCUUAGCGGGGGCCAACGCAACCUUGCCACUGAUUGAUGUGACGGGACCGGUAGAUGCAUCCACGCCGUUUGCCAGAGUGGCAGUGGAACAGGAGAGACUCCACCACGAAGACCUGACUCUGAUCAGGCGUCGUCUGGACGACCUGAAUGAAAACCAGAAACUCCAAAUGGAUGCAUUGCUUGGUGAAGCACCCCUCAGUUCCAGGACUGACAUCCUGUCUCCUCGUAGUGAUGAGGACAAGGAGAACUAAGCAGGGUACCUGUCUGUGAUCAUGGAUAUCUUAAAAAAAAACUAUUCAGGGAUGUUAGCAUUGAUUAUUCUGUUUGAAGAUGGGACGAAAUAUUACAAAACAGAAACAAGAGUGUUACAGAUCUCAUUUUAUGAGUCGUCUUAAUUUCAAGAUCAAAUAUAAGCCAGGCUCAGCUUAACACAAAAUUCUCACGUAUUAUGAACUUCUAAUCUGAGCUUAUGCAGAGCUGUGAUCUCGGAUGAAAUUUGAAAGACACUUGCUCUCAAGAAAUCUCCUUUCCUGGUCAAGUUCACUAAGAUGCAACACAUAUUUUUGUCAAAUUUCAAUAGAUGUCUAAAUAUCUUCCACAAGAUCACACAAUUGAGUUUGGAGGUACUAAAUGCAGUGCGACAGUCAUGUUGUCAAGACUUUUCCUGAGCUUCAACAACUACUCAUGUAAUGGAACAUCAGAUUGAAGAUCAUGAGCGAGCAA